GAGCUCGUUUUGUUUCAUCACUCCUCAAGGUGGUGUGUUGUGCGAUUUUUUCUUUGAUCGACGCGAGUGCAAGUUCCUGUGUGUAGCAGCUGGAAUCCUGUUCUCGCCAGUCCGUUUUUCGUUUCCCCGUUAGAGCAUCCCACUGGUUGCUCAAUUAGUGCGUAGAUUGGUUGGUAAACCUAGGGAAACGGAAGUGCUCACCGACGGAAAUGAGCGCGACGAAGACAGUCACUGGCACAAUAAUGACUUCCACGGAAACGGCCUCGACCAAAGCUACGUCCCAGACGACAUCCUCGUCAGGGUCACAGACCCAACAGCAACAGCAGCAACAACGAUCCUAUGGGAAAAUUGUUCUAACGCUGGAAAAUUGUCUGCUCCCAGAUCCGAAACUCGAAUUAACGCCCUCACAGGCCGAUGGUCUCGAUCGAGAAACGGAAGUUGACCUACGAAUACUCGGAUGUGAGCUGAUCCAAACGGCUGGAAUACUACUGAAGUUGCCUCAGGUGGCAAUGGCAACCGGACAGGUACUGUUCCAGCGCUUCUUCUAUUCAAAAUCUUUCGUCCGACACAGUAUGGAAGCGACAGCGAUGAGCUGCGUCUGUCUGGCGUCCAAGAUCGAAGAAGCACCCCGUCGCAUUCGGGAUGUGAUCAAUGUGUUCCACCACAUCAAACAGGUCCGCGGACAGAAACCCUUGGUGCCGAUGAUUCUGGACCAGCACUACAUCAACCUAAAGUCACAGGUAAUUAAGGCGGAACGGCGAGUGCUGAAGGAGCUUGGGUUCUGUGUGCACGUGAAGCAUCCGCACAAGUUGAUCGUGAUGUAUCUGAAAUAUCUCGAGCUGGAAAAACACCACAACAUGAUGCAGAUGGCUUGGAACUUCAUGAACGAUUCCUUCCGCACGGAUGUGUUCGUACGCUAUCAGCCGGAGACAAUCGCCUGUGCGUGUAUUUAUCUCACCGCUAGGAAGCAGAACAUUGCGUUGCCCAACAAUCCGCAAUGGUUUCUGAUAUUUCGCGUCACCGAGGAGGACGUUCUGGAUGUUUGCUAUCGGAUCAUGGCUCUCUACAAGCGGGCCAAGCCAAACGCUGAAACACUGGAAGAUGCGGUGGAAAAUUUGAAGAAAAAAUAUCAGGAACAAAAGAAGAAAGAUCGAUCGGAAACGAGCACCCCACCGGCCGUGGUCACUGUCGACCGUAACAAUGGAUCCCACAACGCUUGGGGUGGAUUCAUUUCGCGUACUCUACCCGUAACAGCCAGCGGCACCGACAACAACGGAAACAACAACAAUGAAAAGGACAGUAAAAAAUCCCACUCGAAAUCUCGUUCGCGUUCGCCACGAUCCCGUUCACGAUCACACUCACGUUCCCGCACGCCCUCACGCUCGCGUUCUCGUUCGGGCACUAGAUCGUCGCGUUCCAAGUCCCGGUCUCGGUCCCGGUCGGCAUCGAGAUCACGCUCGCGAUCACGUUCCCUUGCGACCGGACGCUCCCCUCCGCACUAUAACGAAAAGAGCGGUUCAAGGAAAACGAAGAAGACACGACAUCGAUCGCGUACCCCUUUGAAAUCAUUAGCCGGAAAGAAGAAAACCAAGCACUAUUCGCGAUCCCGCUCGGUUACGCCGGAUUCUCCACAAAAGUACAAGAAGAGCGAGAAAAAGUACGAUCGACGAAGAGACGACCGCGAUAGCCGCUAUAACAAUGGGAUUGAACGGGAUCGUCCCUCGAAAGGAGAACGAGAUCGAGACCGUGAUCGCAGUCGCGAUCACAACCGCGACCGUGCCCGAGGCUAUGAUCGGGAAGACUAUCGCAGUAAGGAUCACCGCAGCAGUCACGGUAACGGCGGUGAUAAGCGGGAUAAAUAUAGCAGUAGUGGAAGCAGGCACAACAACAGCGAUCGGCAUCGAUCGUCCAAGCAUGGCGCAAGGGACAGAGAUCGUAGACGUUAAAGUGGUGGAACCCACAGCUGCUGUCCUGCGAAUAGAAAAAUCACCAUGUUCUCUCGGGUAAAUCUACAGCAUCAGUUUUAUGGACUACUUUAGAAAUGCCAUUUUAGACGUUGUUUUUACGUUUUACAAUAAGUUAAAUAAGAAUUGGUUGAUUCGGAGAGAGAUGAAAAAAAGAAGUGUAGUGAGUUAUUCUUUUGUAAAUAGCAUCCCAAGUUUGCUACAAACGAGAAAAUGUCAUUAAGCUUUAAUUCGAUCGCUAGGUUUUUGAACUCUGAAAAAUGUCAUAUUUCCUAAUUUGAACGCUGAAAACUAUUGUUUCUAGAGCAUUUGUAAAUUUAACAGCAAAACCUGGAAGUUAUGCUAUAACAACUCCCGCAAAUUUUGGCGUAAUAAAGACAUUGAUUUUCUGCGAUCCAA